AUGGAUAAUAAGAAAUUGUUCUUGUUUGUUGAUAUUGUGGACAAACCUGCAGAUGUGAUUUCCAACUCAGCUAUUACAGAGGUAGCAGUGAGCAAUGUGGGGCAUGAUAAUGCCACAGGACAAGGGGAUUGCAACAAUGAGGCAGUUGUUUCUCCUCUAAUUGAUUGGGACAGUCUAGAGAUAAUUCCUCUUGUAGAAGAUCAGAUUGGGGCUGCACUCCCUAUGAUGAAUGAGGAAGCAAUGUAUGAGUUUGUUGGUCUUAGAGCAGAGGAUGAGAGAGUUGAGCAAGCUAGGAUGGCUGUUGAAAAGGAGAAUGAAAGUAAUGUUGAUGAUCUUAAUCUUUAG